CACCAUGUAACAACACCUUCGGCUCCGCUCCCCUUCUCAACUGCCCUAUAACCUCCCCAUCCCAUCCAAUGCACCCAUCCAUCUUCUCAAAGCCACCCGACCAUGAACGGCCGCACCCUCACACACUCCCGCUGGGCAACCAGCAACAACACCCACCGCAUCCGCAUCACCGACACCGAAACCCACCUCAUCGCCAACACCGAAAAACUCUCCCGCCUCCUCACCCGCCUCCGCUGGAAAGCAGAGAGCCUCCUCACAUCCCAUACACGCGCCACAAGCACAUCCAGCACCCACACACACAACCCCAGCGACUCAGCACUCACAAUUAUCCGCGGCCCGUCCCCACCGUCGCAGAAAGAAGCACUGACAAUGUUCAAGCUCGACUUCUUCGAAUUCUACGUCCUGCUCGAGCGCUACAUCGUGCUCUGUCUGGGGCUAUGUGACGUUAAAGUGCCGCGCGGCGAGCCUGCUACUGCGCUCGGUAGUGCUGUGGGUUUGGGAGUUGGGACGCAUCGGUUCCACGCAAACCUGCUAGAUGCACUCGAUCAAGAGACUUGCGUGCUUCAUGCCGCGCUCGGUACUGGGGAUACAAGGCGGUGUCUUGGGCUCGCGAAGGAGUAUCGUAAUAAAUGGAAAGAUGCGGAUGCUGAUGCGGAUGGACUUGGGAGUGGGAUUCCACACUCGCGUGCGAGGGUUGAGGACUUAGAUUUGCCGCAUAUGUUGAAGAGUUUGAUUGUCGGGCUUGAGGGCGCGAAAAAGGUUGUUGAGGAGAGGGCUGUGAGGAGGGUUGUGAAUGGGGUUGUGGUACGCGAAGAGGGGGAGAAAGUUGGUGUGGGAUGGGCGAGUGGGUGGGAUGCGAUGGACGUUGAUGAUACCCCGUAUGAAGCUGUGGAGGAUGGGAUGGAGAUGGAGUGGGAGCUCUGA